CUUUUUUCACAAUAAGUACCUGCCGUAGAGGUUGCACGUAAUCUUUAAUCUUUAUUUACAAUUUCUCGGAAACAUAUUUGAGUGAUUUUAUUAGAUCGUGUCAUAUUAUGAAUUAUGUAAACGUUUAAUAAAAAGUUAAAAGUAAGGAGGGGUAUGCUAUGUGAGACGUUUAUCAGUGAAAGUGCUAAGAUGUCGAUAAUAUUUGUGUGAACUGGUAGAAUAAUACCAAAACAAUGGUUCCCGCACCGAGUUGUCCCUAUACGUGGGAUUACUGGACGUCCACGCCGUCCGAUUAUGUGGAGUUGACGUGCUUGAUGCCAAAUUCUAUAUACCUCCCUGUGACUGUUAGCUGGGAUUCAACCCUUCAAGAUGUUAAGGAGGAGUUAUGGGAUUUGGCAGGCAAGCAGCCCUUAUUCGGGAUGCUGCAUGAAAUGUCCGGUUAUGUGUUCCAAUUCAUUAAUUCCCUAGCAGUCCCCGAGGAAGUUGAUGAUGAGAACAAAAGGGUCCGAGACAUCAGGCCUGUGUUUGGGGUGCUCAUGAUUAUUGAGCGUUCCGUCGAGAGGCCCGGGGAACACUUGUUGAAUACACAAAUCAGUCAUUUGAUUGGAAAAGGUUUAAAUGAAUUUGACAGUUUAAGAAGUUCAGAAGUGAAUGAUUUUCGGAUGCGAAUGAGAUACAUAGCCGAGGAAAGUUUAAUAAAGAGAGCACAAAGUACACGAUUAGAGAGAUUAAAAUAUCUCUAUCCGCCGAGAUUAGCCGACCAUCCUACUAUACCUCCCACGCUUAUCAGUCACCUCAAUCAUAGUUCUUUUAUACUUGUCACUAAAAUAGCUAAUACAGAGUUUUCCUUCACACACAACGUGUCGGUUUAUUCAACGCCGCAGCAGCAUAUAGAAACAAUUCUUAGAAAGAAAGCUAACUCACUGAACAUGCGCGGCGAACAUCCUCGUCACUAUGUGCUCAAGGUUUGCGGGCGGGAAGAGUACCUGCUUGGCGACCACCCUCUCAUACAGUUCCUUUACAUACAAGAGACGUUGUCAAGAGACGGCGUGCCUCAAGUCAUGACAGUCAAUAUGGACAAAAUAUCUGCCUGUGAGUUUCAAUACUACGCACUGUCUGAAAGAAGACGGCUGACUUCCGAACAGUCUAAUACAAUUAGAAAGAAGAAAAAUUUUGAGUCUUCAUGGAAAAUAGAAAGAAAUUAUUCGUGUAUGGUACAAACAGUUGGUGGACUCAACGUCGACCCCGGCAGGCUUGUUGAGGUUGUAUGUCAAGUCGGUAUCUACCACGGGGGCAAAUCUCUCUGUGAGCCACAGAAGACAAGAGUGGCGGUCGUUUCUAAGGAAGGCGAGGCGCAGUGGGAUGAGGAGCUAACGUUCAAUAUUAAAGUGUGCAACGUGCCUAGAAUGGCGAGGCUCUGUUUUGUGAUAUAUGAAAUAUCUAAGACGAAGAAUAAGAGACGAGGGAAGGAUGCUAAUAAGGACUCAAUAAACCGGCUGGCGUGGGCCAACACGAUGAUCUUCGACUAUAAGGAACAGUUGCGUACGGACGGCGUCACGCUGUUCAUGUGGACGCACGUGGCGGACGAGACGCAGGGCGACGACCUGCUGCUGCACCCGCUGGGCACCGUCACCACCAACCCGCACUGCGACUCCACCGCCGCGCUGCAAGUGCGCUUCUCCAACUAUGACUGCCACUAUCCCAUAUUAUUUCCCAAACAAGAAGCUGUGAAAGCAUAUGCAGAUCAAUUGGAAAAUGGCUCACAAGACGUAAUGGCUCGAUUAACCGAGGACUUCGAGAAACUUCGAGCGACCGCUGAGAAGGAUCCUAUGUAUGAAAUGCACGAACAGGAGAAAAAAGAUAUUUGGGCGUCGAGGGAGGACUUCCGCACGCUGGCGCCGGAGCUGCUGCCCAAGCUGCUGUCGUGCGUGGAGUGGACGGAGCGCGCGGACGCGGCGCGUGCGGCCCGUCUGCUGGCCGCCUGGCCGCCGCUGCGCGUGGAGGCGGCGCUCGAGCUGCUGGACUACGCCUACGCCGACGCCGCCGUGCGCGGGUUCGCCGUGCUCUGCCUCGCCAACAUCAGUGACGAAGAUCUCCUACUAUACCUCCUGCAAUUAGUUCAAGCGUUAAAACAUGAGUCUUAUUUAAUGUGUGACCUGUCCGUGUUCCUACUGCAACGAGCUUUCAAGAACAUGACGAUUGGACAUUAUCUUUUCUGGCAUUUAAGAUCUGAGAUGCAUGUGCCGUCAGUGUCGGUCCGAUUCGGAUUGAUGCUGGAGGCAUAUUGUCGCGGAUGUCAGGAUCACAUCAGCAGUCUCAUGCGGCAGAUCACCUGCCUGGACAAACUUAAAUGGGCCAGCCAGUGCGUGCGCAAGAAGAAGGAGAUCUCGAAGGCGCGCGCCGCGCUGCAGCAGCACCUGCAGGAGCCGCACUGCGCGGAGACGCUGCGCGACUUCGUGUCGCCGCUCACGCCCAGCCUCGUCUGCAAGAGGAUCAAGCCCGAAAGAUGUCGAGUGAUGGACAGCAAGAUGCGUCCCUUACUGCUAGAGUUCGAAAACGUCGACCCUACAGGAUCAGACAUACGCAUUAUCUUAAAGAUAGGAGAUGAUCUCAGACAAGAUAUGUUCACGCUUCAGAUGUUAAGGAUAAUGGACAGGUUAUGGAAGAACGCGGGAUAUGACUUCAGAUUGAACCCAUACAACUGUAUUUCGAUGGAGUACACAGUGGGUAUGAUAGAAGUAGUGGAUGACGCGGAGACAGUCGCCAACAUACAGAAACAAAGCGCUCUUUUCAACGCGGCUUCUACCAUUUCCAAGGCCAAUUUGUUCCAGUGGCUCCGUAAACAAAAUCCCAGUGAGGAAUCGUUCAACAAAGCGGUCGAAGAGUUUACAAUGAGUUGCGCGGGAUACUGCGUCGCUACUUACGUGCUGGGCAUCGCGGACAGGCAUCCCGACAACAUUAUGGUUAAGAAAAGUGGACAGCUGUUCCACAUCGACUUCGGCCACUUCCUGGGCCACUUCAAGCAGAAGUACGGCUUCAAGCGCGAGCGCGUGCCCUUCGUCCUGACGCACGACUUCAUCCACGUCAUCAACAAGGGCCAGCGCGGCGGCGCCGGCGAGCAGCUCGACUUCAAGAUCUUCCGAGACCUCUGCGAGACGGCAUUUAAAAUUUUAAGAAAGCAUGGACACCUCAUCCUGUCGCUAUUCUCCAUGAUGAUCUCGACCGGCUUGCCGGAACUAAGUUCGGAAAAGGAUUUGCAGUAUCUGAGAGAGACUUUGGUAAUGGAUCUCUCCGAAGAGAAAGCGAUGGAGCACUUCAGACAGAAAUUCAUCGAGGCCGUGAAGAAUUCCUGGACGGCGUCCUUCAACUGGGCCCUUCACAACUUCGACAAGAACAACUGACAGUGACCUGUCAGCAGGCGGCUCAAGAGGCAGCCGUCUAAACACACCCCGCAGACGCUGUGAAUGGAAGCCGGCCUGGAGUCACAUUGUGAGCCUCUGACGUUAGAGCUCGGGAUGAGACGUCACAACCGUAUCAAUGAGACACAGUGAGCUGUAUGUAACGUUGGCUCAAAAUGACACUUAAUAGUGACUACCGUUAAUUCUAAAUAAAUUUGAAGCUAGAGUGAGUGAAAUGUUGAAAAUGAAAAUAAACGCUUAGUAAAA